GUAGCGUGGUGUUUACGUUGAUUAAACGGUGUUGUGGCGUGUUGGACAAAGAAUUGCGUGCUUUCAAUUGAAAUUACUUUUUCCAAUUUCCUUUGAUACCCUUUCGCUAGAUUACUGUUAACUCUUAGCAGUUUUACUGGUGAUAUCUUUAAAAUAGAUCAAGCUAGUUGAAGGUAUCUAUACCUAAACAUCUGGGGGUUUGGUACAUUUUCUCAAAUAUGGCUUCAGACAGAGGCGACGUUCACGUCGAAUCCACUGAAGAGAUCGACAAAGUUGUCGCUGAACUAGCCGCCAAAGAAAACGCCACAGCUGAAGACAGCCAAACCAAACGUCGCCCGAAAAAAAUAAACAGGCAGAAUUCCAAGGAAAAUGUAAUUGCUGCUGGUUUUGUCCAGGGCCCCAGAUCCUGGAAAAACAGCCGCAGAUCCAGGCACGGCCACGGCAGAGGCCUGCCCAAGAAAGGUGGAGCUGGAGGCAAGGGAGUCUGGGGCCUGCCUGGAUCAGAACUCCUUGAAGCCUAUGAGGAUGUUAACGAUCCUAAUUUUGACAGUGAGAACAUGAAUAAUGGAGAUAUAGAGCUCAAAGCUGUUGUACCUGAAAUAUCUGAUGAGGAAAUCAAAAAGAAGGUUGAACCUUUUGUCCUUGAGUAUUUUGAGAAUGGGGACACACAUGAAGCAAUUCUUUCCAUAGAAGAGCAGAUCCCAGUGAACAGAAGGGAUGCUCUGGUGGAACAACUCAUUGAAAUUGCCAUGGAUCAUAAACCUUCUCACAGGGAAAUGACCUCAGUGCUGAUUUCUGAUCUGUUUCCACACACAGUGACAGAGUCUGAUAUCAGCAAAGCAUUCGAGAGCCUUCUGGCUAACUUGAAUGAUUUGAUUCUGGAUAUUCCAGAUGCUCCUACUGUUUUGGGGAAUUUUAUUGCCAGAGCUAUUGCUGAUGACUGCAUUCCUCCCAAGUUUAUUGUAGCAACGAAGGAGAAAAGUGAUAAUAAAGACUUUCAGGAAGCUCUUAUCAGAGCUGACACUUUGCUGUCCAUGAAACAUGGGCUGGUCCGUUUAGAUAAUGUAUGGGGAGUUGGUGGUGCUUUGAGGCCAGUCAAAGCCCUCACCCGGCAAAUGUCCCUGCUUCUGCAAGAGUUCCUGUCUUCCGGCGAUUUGGAGGAGGCCAGCCGGUGCUUGAGGCUGCUCGAGGUGCCCCAUUUCCACCACGAGCUCGUCUACGAGGCCGUGGUGAUGGCCAUGGAGGCCAACAGUGGACUCAAAGAAGAGUCCCUCUGCAACCUGUUGAAGUCCUUUUCCGACGCCAUUCUCAUUACGCCCGACCAAUUGGAACGAGGCUUCUUGAGGGUGUUCGACGACCUACCAGACAUCUCCAUGGACGUUCCUUUGGCCUACAUAAUACUUGACAGGUUUGUCGAACGUUGCCAUAAUUUAGGCUUCCUCACGGAGAACGUGUUGAAAAAUUUGCCGUCACGUGGUCGCAAACGUUUCGUAUCCGAAGGGGAUCAGCAUUUCUUCAAGUCUCACAAGAUCAAUCAUUGAAUUGAUCCUGUCGCUAAACAUGUAGUUUUCCAUUAAGAAUUUUGGAUUUUCUUUUUGCGUUUGCCUUGGUGCAUAAUAUUUACUAUGAAAUUCGAGUCGAAUGUUAAUUUUUUUUUGUAUAUGUUCUAUGAAUUAAAUACUAUUUCAAGU